AUGGAGAGUUACAAUAACGAAGAUAUCGGCCGUUACCUUGAAAAGACUAUCUGGGGACGCCAUAUGAACGAUGAACGCCGCGAGAUCCUCAUCGAGAACCUCAGUAUGAAGGCCAAUCAUAACUUCAUGUGGCUUGUGCUGGUCGACUAUGAUCUAGACAACUGGCCUGCGAUACACAUUGCCACCACAGAAGACAUUCUGAAAAGAAUCCAGAAAGUUCCGGAAAAACUGAAGGAUUUGUACGAUGAGAUCCUCGAAAGGCUUGCCAGAAAAUCCGAUGACGCCAUGCGGGAAGAGAGCUAUUUCCUCCUCCAACUCAUAGCUUUCGCUAAGGAGGCUCUAUCGCUUCAAGAAGUGAUGGAAGCUGUCUCAAUACUCAUUUACCCAGAUACGUGGCAAUCACAGCUGGAACACUUCAAGACCUUGGACUUUGCCGCAUGUAUCCGAACGUGGUCGAGAGGCCUCGUCGAGGUCAUCCGACCCGGUUCUCGAGAAAUACUUGGGCCGGGUAUUGUGCAGUUUGCGCAUACAUCGAUCCAUCGCCUUUUGGUGGACGAUUGCGGGCUGAAAUAUUUCGACCCGGCUGCCCAAGACCAGGCGACUAACAAAAUAAUGUGCCAUUAUCGUAUGUUCGAGCUUUGCGUCAAAUACCUGGAACGCGAUACAUUAGCCCAACCAGGACUGAAGCUACACCAAUACGUUAUGUCUUUUUGGAUGGAACAUGCCCGCAACAGUGGCGAGCGUAUCGAUGCGAAGCAAUUCGUUUUUCCAGGCUUUCUCAAAAAGUGCAACGCGUCCACCAAACACAUCGCUCUAUCAUCUCGAGAAAACAUGAUCCGGCGCAGUAACAUGGGCAAAUUCCGUGGCUGUGGAUCGAUAACCUACGAGGAGCGACUCAUAUGUCUGCUGGCCGCUGAGGGGUGCACUCAGCUCCUAGUCGUGCAUCAAGGGUGUACUCUCUGUUAUGGUGCAACAACGGCUCUUGGGGAGCAAGAAAGCAUGCUUGGUUUAGGAUGUGCGUUGCUUCAAGCUGCUGAGCACAACAGGGUACAGACCGUCCAAUAUCUUGUCCGACAGUUGAACUGCGACGUCAACUUCAGAGGUGGCGAGAUCAACACAACGCCAUUGUGUCAAGCUGUUCGAUCGGGUUCGGUGGACAUGGUCAACACAUUGCUGGAUCUGGGCGCCAAAGUGGAUGUGUGUGCCGCGAGAACCUUCAAGUCACCUUUGAAUACAGCAGUCGGCUACAAUGAUGUGACGAUUGCGAAGAUACUUCUCAGCCACCCAGGAGUUGAUCGCCGUCGUUUGCUUUGCCAGCCCGACAUGUAUGGCCAGUACGCUUUACAUAUCGCUGCGUAUCAUGGGUUGGCUUCUAUGGUAGAAACUCUUUGCGAGCCUUGUGAAAGAGACGAAAUUGGCUACAUCUUAGACUUGAGCGACAGAAACGGUGAGACAGCCUACAUGGUGGCCGUGAGAAAAGGUCAUGACACAGUCGCCGCGGAGAUAUUGAAGCGGCUGCUUGACAGUUAG